ACUCACGUAAAAAAAAAAAAGAAAACACAGAGUCCCCAAGCCUCGUAUCUUUUGUAAGCAUCUGGUGAAGCUCUGAAGCGAGUCCUUUAGCGGCUUCUUCUUCUUCCCCUGGAGAAGCCAAACCCAAGAGAUUCUACACUUCUUCCGUAAUUUAUAUUUGAACUGUAAGAUUCUUCAUCUCUCUCGAUCUGGAUCUCCUUUCUUCUUCUUGCGGAACCAAGUCCAAAAGGAAUUCAAAACGGAGGAAAAUUCUCACGCACCAGAAUUUCGUUUCACUAAUCCAAUAAUUGUUCUCUGUUACCUUCUGGGCCUGUUCGAAUUUUCAAUUCCAAAGCAAUUUUUCAUCGGAGUGAGUGAAUUGUCCGGUAAAAUCCUAGAUCGGAAUCCGUAACAGGCUUGGGUUUCGGGGACAUCGACAUUGGAAGGGAAAUCGGACUUGUUAUGGAUUCCGAGUAAUUUUAUUCUCUUGGAUUUGAAGUUUUUUGCGGAUGUGUCGAAAUUGAUGGUUCAAAGAUCGUUGCUUUAAUUGGGGGUUUGAGAAUUUGGUACGAGGAUUUGGGAAUUGGGGUUUUCGAAUUUUUGAGGAACUUUAUUGGUUUUGGAAUUUUGAGGAAUUUUUCUUUUUUCUUCUUCUUCUGGGUCAUCGCAGUCAUGUUCUAUGGUGCGGUGGUAUGGGACCCUUGGCUGAUUGUUGCCCAAAUUGUUUGCCUUCAAUGCGCGUACUACCUCACUCUUGGGUUUUUCUUGUCAAUUCUCGUUUGGACUCGCGUUUCUCGGAUGAGUCUGGUGUAUUUUCUUGACUUCUCUAGCAUCACUGCUUCCACGGUAACUGGCUGGUGCGUCAUUGCUUCGUUUCUUCUCAGUUCACUUGCUUGUGCUGGAUAUCUGGUUUUUAUGAUUGAGAGGGCGAAGAAAUGCCUGGACUUUUCGGUUACUCUCUUUGUCAUACAUCUUUGUUUCUGCAUGUUAUAUGGUGGUUGGCCUUCUUCAGUGACAUGGUGGAUUGUGAAUGGUACUGUAAUUGCAAUUAUGGCUCUACUAGGAGAAUAUCUCUGCAUUAAACGCGAGUUGCGGGAGAUUCCAAUUACACGGUUGCGUUCAAAUGUUUGAUGGACGAGGAACUCGGAGAGAACCUAAUUUCUUGUGGGAUUUUUAUUUCCCUUUCUUCAUUGAUUUAGGGGAACUUUUGGACAAGGCUCAACAAUUCCAUAUUUAAUCCGUGACUUGAAGAAAAACACCUUAUUCUAUAGAUUUUUUUUUUUCCUUAUUCCGGUUCAAAACGACAAAGGACCACAAGUAUAAAAGUUCUCAAGGCAUUCGCAUUAGAGUGGGUGUCCGUUUUGUUACAUUUUGUUAGGAAGCUCUUUUUAAGUGUACAAUUGUAGGUGACUCGUAGUAAAGCAAUGCGUGUUUCUCUUUUUUUAUUAUCUUCUGCCUCUUGGCUCUUAAUUUGUCGGUUUUAGUUGUAUUUUUAUUGUCAUUUUAGAGGGCCAUGUGUAACUACCUCUAACUGGCUUGUGUUGCUUAUUUUGUUUUCAAGUCUUUUUCUGGUUUAUUAUUGAUUUUUGAAUAGAUCUCGUAUUGGAUUAUUGAAUAGAUCUCGUAUUGGAUUA